UUUAACUCACACAUACUUUCACCAGAACAACAACUAAGAAGAGAGAAGAGAGUCGUUUGAAUUCAAAAGAAAUGGAAAACAAAGAAGAAAUAGUCGACGUUCGGUCAGUAGUAGAAGCUGUUUCUGCCGAAGACGGCGAUGCUCCUCUUUACCAAGUCGAAAGUCUCUGUAUGCGUUGCGGUGAAAACGGAGUCACGAAGUUUUUAUUGACCUUGAUACCGCACUUCAGGAAGGUCUUGUUGUCAGCUUUUGAGUGUCCACAUUGUGGUGAGAGGAACAACGAGGUUCAGUUUGCUGGUGAGAUCCAACCUCGGGGUUGUUGUUACCAUUUGGAGGUACCAUCAGGUGAUCAAAAGAUGUUCCACCGACAAGUUGUGAAAUCCGAGUCUGCAACCAUUAAGAUUCCUGAACUGGAUUUUGAGAUUCCACCAGAGGCUCAGCGGGGAAGUCUAUCAACUCUUGAAGGGAUAUUGGUACGAGCUGCAGAUGAAUUGCAGGCCCUUCAAGAUGAACGCAAGAAAGUGGAUCCUCAGACUGCCGAAGCUAUUGACCAGUUUCUGUUGAAAUUGAGAGCUUGUUCUAGGGGUGAUUUAUCCUUCUCGCUCAUCCUUGAUGAUCCUGCUGGGAACAGCUUCAUUGAGAAUCCGUAUGCUCCAUCUCCAGACCCAUCAUUACAUAUUAAGUUCUACGAACGAACUCCAGAGCAACAAGCAUCUUUGGGGUAUCUUGUCGACCCAACGCAGUUGGAAGAGUCUCGUACUGUAGUAACUGAGGAAUCCAACAGCACUUCUGAUCAAAUGCAAAGAGUACCCCACGGAUCAGUUGGAGCAGUAGCUGGCCACCGGGCCAUUGCUCAGAGCAAUUGUUCCGAAAUGGCCGAUGCUUUAUUUAGAUACUCAGCACCAGAAGAGGUUAUGACUUUCCCAUCUACCUGCGGGGCAUGUACUGCUAGAUGCGAGACUCGAAUGUUUGUAACUAGGAUUCCAUACUUCCAAGAAGUAAUUGUCAUGGCAUCAACGUGUGAUUCUUGUGGUUACCGCAAUUCCGAGUUAAAGCCUGGUGGUAGAAUUCCUGAAAAAGGAAAGAAAAUUUCUCUGUGUGUUAAGUACAUUAAUGACUUAAGCCGUGAUGUGAUAAAGUCAGAUGCUGCUAGUGUUAAAGUUCCUGAGCUUGAUUUGGAGCUGGCCAGCGGUACUCUUGGUGGAGUUGUUACAACCGUUGAAGGUUUGAUUACAAAAAUUAGUGAAAGCCUUGAGAGAGUACAUGGAUUCACUUUUGGAGACAGCCUUGAUGAAAAUAGAAAAACCAAGUGGCAAGAUUUCAAGGCAAGGUUGAACAAGCUUUUGAGUUUGGAAGAUUCGUGGACAUUAAUCCUUGAUGAUGCAUUAGCCAAUUCUUUUAUUUCACCGGCAACUGAUGAUAUGAAAGAUGACCACCAGUUAACAUUUGAGGAAUAUGAGAGGUCAUGGGAGCAGAAUGAGGAGUUGGGUUUGAAUGAUAUCGACACCUCCUCGGCUGAUGCUGCUUACAACUCAACGGAUAAUGCGUAAGGAACAGUAUGCAGAUUAU